UUCAACUACCGAAGGGGAAACAACUGUAGCUCGAACAACAAUAGCUUCAACUACUGAAGGGGAAACAACUGUAGGUCCAACAACAAUAGCUUCAACUACUGAAGCCGAAACAACUGUGGGUCAAACAACAAUAGCUUCAACUACUGAAGCCGAAACAACUGUAGGUCAAACAACAAUAGCUUCAACUACUCAAGCUGAAACAACUGUAGGUCCAACAACAAUAGCUUCAACUACUCAAGCUGAAACAACUGAAGCUCCAACAACAAUAGCUUCAACUACUGAAGCUGAAACAACUGUAGGUCCAACAACAAUAGCUUCAACUACUGAAGGGGAAACAACUGUAGGUCCAACAACAAUAGCUUCAACUACUCAAGCUGAAACAACUGUAGGUCCAACAACAAUAGCUUCAACUACUCAAGCUGAAACAACUGUAGGUCCAACAACAAUAGCGUCAACUACUCAAGCUGAAACAACUGUAGGUCCAACAACAAUAGCUUCAACUACUCAAGCUGAAACAACUGUAGGUCCAACAACAAUAGCUUCAACUACUCAAGCUGAAACAACUGUAGGUCCAACAACAAUAGCUUCAACUACUCAAGCUGAAACAACUGUAGGUCCAGCAACAAUAGCUUCAACUACUGAAGCUGAAACAACCGAAUCUCCAACAACAAUAGCUUCAACUACUGAAGCAGAAACAACUGUAGGUCCAACAACAAUAGCUUCAACUACUGAAGCAGAAACAACUGUAGGUCCAACAACAAUAGCUUCAACUUCUAAAGCAGAAACAACUGUAGGUCCAACAACAAUAGCUUCAACUACUGAAGCAGAAACAACUGUAGGUCCAACAACAAUAGCUUCAACUACUGAAGCAGAAACAACUGUAGGUCCAACAACAAUAGCUUCGACUACUGAAGCUGAAACAACUGUAGGCCGAACAACAAUAG